ACUCUGGGUAACAUCUCUUUCCUCCUCUGCUCAUGAAAGUCCGGAAAAGGGUUGGCCGGCGGUCCAGCAGCAGUUACUGCUGUGUUUUACUUGCGCAAUCACCUAAUCUCCGAAAAGACUUGGACUUUUAUCCAGUUGCAGCGAACAAACCGUGAUAUAUUUUUGUGUAUUAUGGAGUUCUCUGUCUGUGGCACGCUGGUUUUGGCGGGGCUCGUCAUUUCUUUGCUAUGGCUGUUACGCCUGAAGAGACGCAGCCAGAUUUGUUUACCUCCAGGACCCUCCGGCCUGCCUGUCAUAGGAAAUCUGCUCCAGCUGGAUAAAAGAGCUCCGUUCAAGACUCUGCUAAAGCUCAGUGAACACUAUGGCCCCGUGAUGACCGUGUACCUGGGCCCUAAGCGCACUGUGGUUCUGGUGGGGUAUGAUGCUGUGAAGGAGGCACUGGUGGACCAAGCAGAUGACUUCACUGGCAGAGGACCUCUUCCUUUCCUGAUUAGAGCCACCAAGGGCUAUGGGUUGGGGAUCAGUAAUGGAGAACGCUGGCGGCAGUUGCGACGUUUCACCCUCACAACCCUGAAAGACUUUGGAAUGGGACGCAAGGGGAUGGAAGAGUGGAUACAGGAGGAAAGCAAGCAUCUGGUGGCCCGCAUAAACAACACCAACGCCGAACCUUUUGAUCCAACGUACUUCAUGAGCUGCACCGUGUCCAAUGUGAUCUGCUGCUUGGUGUUUGGUCAGCGCUUCAGCUAUGAUGAUGGUCACUUCCUCCAUCUUCUGCAGACAAUCUCAGAAGCCAUGAAAUUCGGCAGCAGUCCAUGGGGUCAGCUGUACAACAUCUUCCCUGGACUGAUGGAACGGCUGCCAGGUCACCAGCACAAAAUCUUUGCCCGUAUUGAAGAGCUGAGAGAGUUUAUUAUGAAAAAGAUCCAGGAACAUGAGGACACGCUGGACCCCAGCUCACCGCGAGAUUACAUCGACUGCUUCCUCGUUAGACUCAGUCAGGAAAAGGGCAUUCCCACAACUGAGUUUCACUAUGAGAACUUGCUGUCGACGGUGUUGAAUCUGUACCUGGCAGGAACAGAAACCACCAGCUCAACUCUCAGAUUUGCACUAAGUGUAUUGAUCAGAUACCCCAAAAUACAGGAGACUAUGCAGCAGGAGAUUGACACUGUGAUUGGACAGGAGCGUUGUCCUAAUAUGGAGGACAGGAAGUCCCUCCCCUAUACAGAUGCGGUUCUCCAUGAAAUUCAGCGUUUAAUGGAUAUUGUUCCCAUGAGCAUCCCUCACUACGCCCUCCAGGACAUCUCUUUCAGGGGUUACACAAUUCCCAAGGACACAAUGAUUAUUCCACUGUUGCACUCUGUGCUGAAGGAGGAAAAACAGUGGGCAACCCCCUGGUCCUUCAACCCCCAACACUUCCUGGACCAAAAUGGCAAUUUUAAGAAAAAUCCAGCAUUUAUGCCAUUUUCUGCAGGAAAGAGAUCUUGUGUCGGAGAGUCCCUCGCUCGCAUGGAGAUUUUCCUCUUCAUGGUGUCACUUCUGCAACAUUUCACAUUUUCUUGCCCUGGAGGACCUGACAGUGUGGACCUCAGUCCUGAGUACAGUAGCUUUGCCAAUGUGCCUCGGAGGUACAAGAUCAUCGCCACACCCCAGUAGUAAUGAUUUUUUUUUUACAGAAUAUUCCUGCGUUUUCAGCCUUUCAUCUGACCGUCAAUCACUGAAAAGUCAAUCAUAUCAUACCAGUGGACCUUAUUUCAUUGACAGACGUCACGACUGGUUUCCUCUGACGUUUUCUGCAUGACUUCAUGUUUAUACAUACUUUAAUGUUUCAGUGCAUCAUUUUAGCUGCAGUAUAUUACACUAAACACUACACAGUUUUAACUAAGGCUUAAAGUUUUUUUUUUUUUUUUUUUACCAAAUGUUAAAAAGGUUUACCAAAGAUUUAAAAAAAGACUCUUCAUACUUAAUCUUUAAUGUCUAAAAGUUAUUUUUUCUCACUUGUUGAAUUUAAUUAUGCCCCCAGAACACACACUGCACACAAAGUUUAUCUACGUGAAAUCUUCCCCUUUUGUAGAAGGUUGUGUAAUAUCAUCAGCUGCUUUGUGUUGAUAUCUGUGAUCUUAUUAAUGUAACUGGAAUCUGAGUUGAUUUAAGUGUGUUUGGGGGCAUUUCCUCACUUGACAGUAUAUAAUUUUACUGGGGUAAAUUGUGUAGUUUAGUUUAUUGAUAAACAAGAUAUAUGUAUUGUUUUAUCCAAAUUUCAAAUCAGCCAUCUUGUGUUCAGCUGUAGGGCCUUAACACUGGAGUAAGACCUGCUGGUUUACAGCCCUGCAGCGAUGUAUAACAAGGAGUUACAGUAAUUUGAUAAGUUCAUUGUCAGGUGAUCGGUCAAGCAGUGUGUGUGUCAGGCUGUCGGUGUGUAGAUGCAUGUUCCAGUGUAUCAUUGUCUGAGCAACAGAGUGAAUGUCCAUGUCAGACUUUGGGGACUGCUGUCAAAGACUAAGGCUGCAAUAUGUUAAGAACACAUCAAAUUACUCAGAGUAUCAGCUGUCAUGGCAGGUCUUAUUAAACCUUAAUAAGACUCAGUCAGGCAGAUCAGUAUACAGCAUCAUAUAUUGUACCGCAUUAUAUAUUCAGCACUUCUCUUGGUUUUCUAUUCAAAAUUUACAACAUGUUUACUGAACCUAAAGCUAAAUUCAUCUAUUCAGUAUAUACUUUUAUAAUAAAAUAUAGCAGAAAAUAAAUGCUAUUGAAAUGCUUUUUUGUUUUUUCUCAGGGAGAAUUUUGUGUCUUUAAUUGAUAGCAACAAUAGGACUGGAAACAGACCAGGAGAAAGACAUGCAGCAAAUGGUCUGGUAGGCCAGGAGUCAAACCAGAGACUUGCUGCUCAGAGCGUUUGCGUCCAUGUGAAAUGUGCCCAAACCACCCUGCUAUCAGGUCGCCCUGAAAUGGUGUUUUUUUGACCAACUUGUUACAUAGAUUAAGCCUAAUAUGCAGUACAUGCAGUAUUUGAGCUUAACAAGUAGAUGGUUCAAGCAAAGCCUGAGCCAGAACUAAAUAUAUGCUUUAUCAAAGAGGAAGGUUUUUAGCCUACUCUUAAACAUAGAGAGGGUGUCUGCCUCCCAGACCCAAACUGGUAAAUGGUUCUACAGAAGAGGAGCUUGAUAACUGAAGCCACCAGUUGGACUUUUGGAGACUCUAGAAACCACUAGUAGGCCUGCAUUCUGGGAGCGCAUGUCAUGUUCAAAGGCAUCAACAACAUCAAAAAACAUCAACAUCAAAUGCACAUGAAGGGCUACAAUGUAAUCCCAAAGGAGAGAACAUGCUCAUCGUGUCUUUCCUCCUUCACUCUUGGCACAAUAGAGAACAACUAUUGUUUGUACUUUCCAUCCUGUGCAUGAAGGUAGCACACACAGCAGGCUGCACAGAGAGAUUUGUUAAUACUAACUACUGAGUGAGUACCUCCAGUGUAUUUCAGAGACCCCUGUUUGAUCUGGAAGCUGCUUUGGUUCUUUAUGUAAAGCCACUGCCCUCUAAUGUUCUGUAAUGAAAGCACAGCAACAUACACUCUUAGCUGUAACCCCCUGUGGUGAAACACACUUGUUAUUUUUAGUGAUGUUCAAAAGAAAAAAUUUUUACGCUAGCCAAAUAUUUCAAACUGCUCAUCUCUGUCUGAGAUUGAGCACUGGAUUGGAAAGACCAAGACUGAAAACACACUUCCCAAGAUAAAAUCUGCUGCCAGUUGCUGUGCUUCCACUGUGUUUUGAGGAGCACUCUAGUUUGAUAGCAUGCUUGCUUGAGAGGUUUUUUAAAGUUUGCCCAGCAGUGUGUGGAUGAUA